GGCCGAGCUGUCAGAGGAAGUCCGAGGCCUGCUCUGUCUAGCGCUGCCUUGUGGACGCCAGGGCUGGGAGUCGAGACUGCCCCGGUCCGGGGGCGACGGCGGUGGCUGCAGCCCCCGUCCGGAGCGCCAUAUGAGACGGUUUAAGCGGAAGCAUCUUACAGCCAUCGACUGCCAACAUUUGGCUCGGAGUCACUUAGCUGUGACCCAGCCCUUCUGUCAACGAUGGACAAACAGAGACCCAAACCAUGGUCUCUAUCCUAGACCCAGAACAAAAAGAGGGACUAGAGGUCAAGGAUCUCAAAGAUACAUCACUGAAUUCCUCCUACCUGGCCAGAAGCGAUGCACCAAUGACAUGGCUAAAAGCAACUCUGUGGACCAGGACCACUCUCAGGACUCAGAGGAUGAAAUGAUCUUUGCUGCAGAAAGCAAUUGUGCCCUGCCUCAGGAAGGUGAUGGAGAAGCAAGGGUGGGCUCAUCAGGCUCUGCUCUGCCUGCAAGGAAACGCUGUCGGUCCCUUGAGGAUGAGAGGAAUCAAGCUAUAGGGACCAGUCAGUGGGGUGGGGUUUCUAAGAAAACCCUACGGCAUCGAUUUUCCCUGUCCCGCUCAAAGGCCAGGGAAGCCAGGCAAGAAGUAGAGGGCACUUUGUCAUGGCUCUCUGCAGAGUUGGAAGAAUCCAGCCAAGAAGUAGAGGACAUGGGUCCUGAUCCCAUCCCUGACUCUUACUAUGGGCUUCUUGGGACCUUGCCCCGCCAAGAACCGCAGAACCACAUCUGUAGCUUGCCCAGUGAAGUUCUAAGGCACAUUUUUUCUUUCCUCCCUGUGGAAGAUCUCUAUUGGAAUCUCUGCUUGGUGUGCCACCUCUGGAGGGAAAUAAUUAGUGAUCCACUGUUCAUUCCUUGGAAAAAGUUGUAUCAUCGAUACCUGAUGAAUGAAGAGCAAGCCGUCAGCAAAGUAGAUGGCAUCCUGUUGAACUAUGGUAUUGAGAAAGAGUCAGACCUCUCUGUGCUGAACCUCAUCCGCUAUACAGCCACCACUAAAUGCUCCCCAAGUGUGGAUCCUGGAAGGGCUCUGUGGAGUCUGAGGGAUCAUCUCCUCCUUCCUGAGGCAGAGGCAUGUGUGCGUCAAUACCUCCCUGACCUUUACGUUGCUGCUGCGGGUGUCAACGUGUGGGCUCUGGUAGCAGCCAUUGUUCUCCUCUCCAACAGUGUAAAUGACAUCCAGCAGCUACUCUUCUGCCUCAGGAGGCCUAGCUCCACUGUGACAAUGCCAGACAUCACUGAGACUUUAUACUGCAUCGCUGUGCUUCUCUAUGCCAUGAGGGAGAAGGGAAUUAACAUCAGCAAUAGGAUCCACUAUAACAUUUUCUAUUGCCUGUAUAUUCAGGAGAAUUCUGGCACUCAGGCCACAACAGUUAAAGAGGAAACGUCAGUUUGGCCAGGCAAGAAAACAACCAUCCAACUUACACAUGAACAGCAACUGAUUCUGAACCAUAAGAUGGAACCUCUCCAGGUGGUAAAAAUUAUGGCAUUUGCAGGCACUGGGAAGACCUCUACCCUGGUCAAGUAUGCUGAGAAGUGGUCUGGGAGCAGGUUUCUUUAUGUGACAUUCAACAAGAGCAUCGCAAAGCAGGCCGAGCGAGUCUUCCCCAGCAAUGUCACCUGCAAAACCUUUCAUUCCAUGGCAUAUGGACACAUUGGGCGGAAGUACCAAACAAAGAAGAAAUUGAAUCUCUCCAAGUUAACACCCUUCAUGGUCAAUUCUGUCCUUGCUGAAGGGAAAGGUGGAUUCAUAAGAGCCAAGCUAGUGUGUAAGACUUUAGAAAACUUCUUCGCCUCGGCUGAUGAAGAGCUGACUAUUGAUCAUGUGCCUAUUUGGUGUAAGGACAACCAGGGACAGAGAGUCAUGGUUGAACAGAGUGAAAAACUGAACAGUGUUCUUGAAGCAAGCCGCCUUUGGGAUAACAUGCAGAAGCUGGGGGAAUGCAAAGAAGAGGCUUACCAAAUGACUCAUGAUGGCUACUUGAAACUUUGGCAGCUGAGCAAACCUUUGCUUGCCUCUUUUGAUGCCAUCUUUGUGGAUGAGGCCCAGGACUGUACCCCAGCAAUCAUGAAUAUAGUCCUGUCUCAGCCGUGUGGAAAGAUCUUCGUAGGGGACCCACACCAGCAGAUCUAUACCUUCCGCGGUGCAGUCAACGCCCUGUUCACGGUCCCUCACACUCAUGUCUUCUAUCUCACACAGAGUUUUAGAUUUGGUGUGGAAAUAGCUUAUGUGGGAGCUACUAUCUUGGAUGUCUGCAAGAGAGUACGGAAAAAGACUUUGGUUGGAGGAAACCAUCAGAGUGGCAUUAGAGGUGAUACAAAGGGGCAGGUGGCCCUGUUGUCCCGGACCAAUGCCAAUGUGUUUGAUGAGGCUGUACGGGUGACUGAUGGAGAAGUACCUGCAAAGAUACAUUUGAUUGGGGGGAUUAAAUCAUUUGGAUUGGACAGAAUCAUUGAUAUUUGGAUCCUUCUUCAGCCGGAGGAAGAACGGAAGAAACGAAACCUCAUUAUUAAAGACAGAUUUAUUAGAAGAUGGGUGCACAAAGAAGGCUUUAGUGGCUUCAAGAGGUAUGUGACCACAGCCGAGGAUAAGGAGCUUGAAGCAAAGAUUGCUGUUGUUGAAAAGUAUAACAUCAGGAUUCCAGAACUGGUGGAAAGGAUAGCAAAAUGCCACAUAGAAGACUUGGACUUCGCAGAGUACAUUUUGGGUACUGUGCACAAAGCCAAAGGCUUGGAGUUUGAUACCGUUCAUGUUUUGGAUGAUUUUGUGAAAGUGCCUUGUGCCAGGCACAACCUUGCCCAGCUGCCCCACUUUAGAGUUGAGUCAUUUUCUGAGGAUGAAUGGAAUUUACUGUAUGUUGCAGUAACUCGUGCCAAGAAGCAGCUCAUCAUGACCAAAUCAUUGGAGAACAUCUUGACUUUGGCUGGGGAGUACUUCUUGCAAGCAGAGCUGACGAGUAAUGUUUUAAAAACAGGAGUGGUUCGCUGCUGUGUGGGGCAGUGCAACAACACUAUCCCAGUGGACACUGUGCUCACCAUGAAGAAGCUCCCCAUCACUUAUAGCAACAGAAAGGAAAACAAAGGUGGCCACCUCUGCCACUCCUGUGCAGAACAACGCAUCGGGCCUUUGGCCUUCUUGACUGCCUCCCCUGAGCAGGUGCACUCCAUGGAACGCACCAUUGAGAAUAUAGUGCUUCCCAGGCAUGAAGCUCUGCUUUUCCUUGUCUUCUGAAAGCCAGGAGGAGCAUUCUCCAUGGUACAGAUUGCCUUGUGUAGACUUCAGUUACUUGAAGAAAGCCAGUAGGUAGGGUUCUCAUUUGCCUGAGACUCUAAAUUCACUCACAGAACAUUUUUGGGGAAGAUGAAGCCAACCAGAGUUGGACCUGCCAUUUCUCCAUUCCUUAGAGGUUGCCGGUUUCCACUGCCCCUCCUCCAUGCACACAGGCUGGGGACAAUCGGGAAGUUCUUUUGAUAAAAAAAAAAUAAGAAUACAACAUUUUAUGUAUUUAAACUUUUAUUACAAGGUUUCAAUUAAACAAGCAUUGUAGAACUGA